AUGGUAUAUUAUAUUCGAUUUCUGAAGACGCCUCGGUUCCAGCAGCAGAAGAAGUCCGUGUUUAUAUCCGCUUUGAUCUGCAUAACCACUGAUCUAGGCGAUGAUUUCCUCGCCGAGGAUGUGGACUUGACGGCCAGCUGGGUACAACAUCCAUCGCACAAGAUUCGAUAUCAGACAGCUCUACAAUGGCAGGCUGGUUCCCGCCAAGUACCUAUCUUGCUGGGUCCCUUCUCACCCAAUGAUGCGGCCGGGCAAACGGCGGUGUUAAAAAUUCAACUUCCCGAUGUUGAGAAAGAUGUAUUAGGGGAGCAUUCGACACCAUUGGUUAUCUCGGGAUGCAGUGCGCCCUUUGGACCACAAUGGGAACCGGCUGAGCAAUUGAUCCGACGAGAUCUGAACAUUGCAGAUAAUGUGCGGCCCUUGAGAAUCUGGGAAGAAACGGGCAACAGCAUUGCCCGGCACAUCUGGGAUGCAGCUCUCGCAGCCAUCAUCUUCCUCGAGAAAGUCAUUACCGGCGCCGAGAAGAGCAUGCCUCCGCUUAGCCAGCUCCUAAACUCCGGCAAGUCGACCCUGCAAGUCGUCGAACUCGGCGCUGGCUGUGGCAUCGUAGGCAUCGCUUUAGCGACCAUGCUCGCCAACUGCGAAGUGCUCCUCACCGACCUGCCAGAAGUCUCCGAGAUCGUGACUCGUAAUAUCAACGAGGCCUCGCCGAAAUCAUCAGCAUCGAUCAAAUUUCAGACACUCGACUGGGACGACCCAACUCCCAAUCUCACUCGCGGGCCUAUUGACUUGAUCCUCGUGUCAGACUGUACAUAUAAUGCAGAUAGUCUGCCUGCGCUGGUAUCAGUCCUUAAUCGCUUGGUUCGGGGUUCCCCGGGGGCGAUGGUGCUGGUGGCCCUAAAGCGGCGGCACGAGAGCGAGGCAGUCUUCUUCGAUCUGAUGCGGGCUGCAGGAUUUGUAUCGUUACAGGCGAAAGUGCCAUUGCCGGCACAGUGGGAGCAGGUCGAUCAGAUUGAGAUGUAUUGCUACCAGCAGGAGUCCGAUGUGGAGAAGGCUUAG